AUGCUACGUCAUCCACAUUCAAAUACGGGCGUGAUGUUUGCUAUUGGCGACGACAUUGUUGAAGAAGUCCUCAGAUUUGAAGACCCCUAUAGAUCUUUCUUCUAUGGUGAUUCAGUGAUAGAAGAUGGUUCAUUUACACUGUUAUGCGAAAUACAUCCCAUGUUUCUAGUUGUGCCAUAUCUACUUAAACACGCUCAGGGGUGUUUCGUUCCGCUUGACCAAAUUAUUGUUGAUGAUGAAUUCCCUGCUAUCUUUAUGCUUUUAGAGAAUCCGAAGUUGCAGAAAGCAUUGUAUAUUGCUUGUAACCAUAAAAUUGUUUAUGAAAAGACAGUAUGGCAGUAUGAUGAGCAGUUGUUAUUAAAAUGGUUAGAGCAGCGUUUCGAGAGGUUGAAAAAGUCACUUCUUGAAAAUGCUUCGCUUCACAAAGCCAUUCAAGAAGACGUUCGCAUAGUAUCAAGCGUGAAAUUUUUAGACAUUGUUUUGCGUCGUUAUACCUAUUCAGUGCUUUGUGACUAUAUACCUCAGAGCUUGUCAUUGCCUCUUAAAACUUACCUUGACAUUCAAGACCCAGAUCCAUUAAAAGAAAAUCAAGUAAGUGGGGACAAACGAAAACUGGACGAUUCUGGGGAAAUCGAGUCAUAUUACGACCCAGCAGCAAAACAACGUAAGCCGGCAGCGUUGUCUACUGCUCAGAAAAAGCUAGCUGCGGCAAUUUACGUGUGGCGAAUCUCAACCUACAGAGUAAGAAAGUCUAUAUUUUUAAAGCAGAUGUGGACAGGAAAUCCCAUUCGGUUUGCUGCAUCUCGGAUACCACACGCUACGAGAGGGCUGAAUGAACCAACGCCCUAUGGAAAACGUAUGGAUCGGUUACGUCGGAGGAUAUUUAGUGAAGUUGUUACGCCUACUGAUGUGAAAAGUAUGAAAGUGGUUAGAGUUAUGAGUGCAGAGCCACUGGAACAGCAAGAUGAUAAGAAGGUCACUUACUACCCUAAUUUACCUAUGUUCCAUUACCUGUCUAAAUUGCUUAGACUUCAUGGUUUAUUUUUCGAUGACCACAUUAUUUGGCGACAGGUGCAGCAACAAUUGAAAACUAAUCGUGGCAAAAUUGUUUGUCCUGUAAUUGGUCAGGGUAAAAGAGCACAGAUACGUGAAAGUAAAAAGUGA